AUGUGUCUGCCCCCAGCACAGGAAAUCCCAACACCCACCAAGAGACCCGAGACAACAGAGGGGCCCAGUGAAAACAACCACACACAGAGCAAAUCACCCAGCUUCAAAGUGAAGAGACUGACUCCAGCACCCAGAGCCACAGAACCGCGACCUUCCUCAGAGAAGAAGGACCGACCAAAAACUGUUGCUAACAGAGACUCCCUUUGGCAAACGGGCCGAACUUAAUGACCCACCAGAGAGCGACCACAGACCCUGGACUAUACCACCGAGGCGAUUGCGACAUCUAACCGAUACCCCGCUACCAAGCAGACACUGUCCCGAUUGACAAUCCCACAGAGACCCAGAUACCGGCAUACCUACACAAGCCACAGCAACAACACUGCUGAUCCAGCCAGAACUACCCAAAUAGCGUUUCCCCCGCAGCUCCCACAGAGAGUCAACAGGGACCCCACAUCGCAUUGCCCACCGAGACCUAACUGCCGAGCCCACUAUACAAGGUGAGGCAGGGGAGUUAUGGCGGUUGCCGCCGCUGAGCCACCGAGCUUCUGA